AGCUUAUUCCAAGCCUCUUCUCCAACAGGCACAAAACCCUAUCAAAACAGUUUAACAAUUCAUUUCAAUACAAUUUUUUUUUUCACAAAAUGUAAAACCAUUCCAGUGAGCAAAUUAUCGCUCUUUGAAGGAAUGGUAGGGACUACUCGUAGGCUAUUUCACAAUUUUUUAAUAUAGAGUUGUGGUAUAUUCAUUAGUUUGCAGCGUUGUGGUGGUGGCGGUGGAGGGUGAUGAGGUGUUUUGAUGAUUGGCGGUGGCGGCUGGAUGGAGUGGCUUGUGGGCGGCGGUGGUCUGGGUGGAGGGGCGAGAAUAAAAAGAAUAACAAUUUUUUUAGCUAUGUGGCAAGAAGAUACUAGCGGAGGAAACGAUGGAUGUUUUGCUUGCAGAUCGACAGCAGUUGUGAUUUGAAACGGGAGGACGUUGGGCAUUGCUUUAAUGUGUCUGGUAGAUUGUUGUAUAGUUUACUUGCGAAGUAACUGGGUUUCUUCUUUCCAAAUUCUGUUCUAACCCUGAGCAGACGAAGGUGAUUUGCAUUUCUGGACGAGCGGUGAGACGAUAUUCUUUCGAAGUGCAUGUUGUGAUGGGAAUCCCUGCUUGUUAGGAGUUUGUGGGUAUAUACCAGAGUUUGAAAUUCCUGGGCACCUCGUAUGGGAAGUACUGAAUCGUCCAUACUAUACAACAGUUCGGAAGGGUACAAAUACGGCAAUCUAAAGACAGCCUUUAGCGCUCUAUUCUGCAUGGCCUGUAACUCCCUUAGGCGGCUUUUACAGGCUUUACCCCAUAGUGACACCAGAUAUUGUAGUCUCGAGUGAAACAGCGCAAAAUAUACAUUUUUCAGCCAGUGGGUUGGAAUGAACGCAGAAAUUUUCCAUAUGGCACCAACGACCGGAGCGAGUGUUCGUUUAAGAUGCUCUAUAUGGGCUGCCCAGCUUAAGGUAUCAUCGAAAUGUAGUCCUAGAUAUUUAAACUCGUUCACUCGUUCAAUUAGAGUGUUGCCUAUACGGAUUAUUGGCAGCUGAGGUAUGGAGCGACGACCAGAAUUGAACAGCAUGUACGAAGUUUUCAACAAGUUUAACGAGAGAAGAUUACAGUCGAAGUAAUGCUGAAGGAUUUCCAGAUCGUUUCCAAUCCAUUCCACUAUCUGGAGAGGAUUGGAAUUGCUGUACGAUAUCAAUGUGUCGUCGGCAAAGAGCCGAACUUUGCCGUGCAGAUUCAACAGAGGGAGAUCGUUGAUGAAUAUCAAGAACAACAGCGGGCCCAAGUUGCUUCCCUGCGGUACUCCCGUUGAUAUGAAUCUUUUACUACUUGAAGCUCCUUUGAGGGAAACAAAUUGUUGGCGAGAUGUUAAGUAGCUUUCGAUAAGCCGAAGGGGUUGUCCACGUAAUCCAUACCAUUCCAAUUUCUGUAACAGCAAGGCAUGAUCAAUGGUGUCAAACGCUUUCCUCAGGUCCAAAAAUAGGGCACCAGCAUAUCUACGGUUAUCCAGAUCAUCGUACACGUCCUCCAAAAGUUCGGUUGUUGCAGUUAGAGUGCUGCAUCCCUUUCUGAAACCAUACUGGCGUGGGCUUAUGAGGUCAUAUCUAGUUAAAUAUUCAUUCAUUCGAGUGACGAGUAGUUUUUCAAUAACUUUAUUCAAGACAGAGAGCGUUGAAAUUGGACGGUAGUUUGAUACAUUUGAUCUGUCACCUGACUUGAAGACAGGAGUUACGCGGGCUAGUUUCAAUGCAUCAGGAUAGACACCAGUUUCGAUUGUUUCGUUGAAGAUGUCUGUCAAGAUGUUGGAAAAAGCCAAGUGAUGGGCUUUCACUGUAGCUACGGAAAUAUUAUCUGGACCAGAUGAUUUGUUGGUGUUAAGGUUACUGAUCUCUAACAGAACCUCUGCAACAGAUGCCGGUCUCAAGAACAGGGAGGGCGGAUGCGAACGAAUAGCAUUGAACUGUUGAAUAUCUCUGGUGCUGACGAUAUUUGUAGCCAAUUGAGGCCCCACGUUGCAAAAGUACUCGUUGAUACUGUUCGAUACUUGGGCUGGAUCGGUUUGUACUUCAUCGCCAAACUUGAGGGUGAUGGGGUUGUGUUCUUUGGUGUUACGACCCAGGGCUUCAUUUAGGAAUUUCCAGGAUUGCUUCGGGGUUGCCGUUUGCAUAAGUCGAAAGUAGUAGGUCCGUUUGCAGUGGCUUUUAAGUUUUGACAACCUUUUAGAGAUAAGUUUCAGGGCAGCUUUAGACUGUUCGUCCGCAGGAUUCCGUUUACAGUGCUUCCAGAUCUUGUCUUUAGUUGAUAUUAGGUUCCAAGCGUCGAAGGUCAUCCACGGGCAAUUCCUCUUCACUUUUGCUUUCACUGUUAUUGUUUUUGUGGCGCGAUUUCGAGUGUUAUUAUAUGUGUCAACUAUAAAAACAAUUUUUUCAUUUGCGGAUAGAUUUUCUGGGAUGUUCAUCAAGGCUUCUGCAAAUUCAGUAUUCAGCUGCUGGUGGUUGACGAUGCUUUUGCUCAGGGAUUGGGCCUUUUUAUCGGAACUGGUUGACAGUGUAGUAACGAUCAUGCUAUGGUCGCUUGUAUCCAUGCAAAUGGUUUCGUUUAUUGUCGAGCCGAUGAUACUCUGAGAGCAAGCAACGUGGUCGAGUAUAUUCCCACUGGCCGGACGGGUUACAGCAUUAUUAACAACAAACAUGUUGUGUGACUCCAGGAUCCUCGUGUACUCUCUGACGGUGUUAUUAGACAUGUUGACUGGCACAUUGGUAUCUCCGAGUAGAAUCGAGUCAAGACAUUUAAUAUUACUGGCCAGCUUACUUUCCAGCUUCUCUACGAAAUUGGCGAACCGAAAUACAGGUGGACGAUAUACAGCGUGUAGAAGUAGCGAGCUAUUACCCAAGGGGAUACGUAUCCGUAUGUAGUGAAAACCUUCAUCCUCCUCUAUUUCCUCGGUGUCAGCGUUUAAAUCGCUACGUGUGUAUACGGCCAAUCCCCCAUGCGAUGUCUCGCGACAAGAGAAUAUUGCAUCGAAUCCAUUUAUUGUGAAUAACUGUGUGUCGCCUGAUUUUACCCAUGUUUCACCCACCACAAUUAUGUCAAUAAUUUUAGAGUACCUAUCUAGGAGGUCUCUGAGUAUGUCGAACUUCUCAAUAUUGUUCAUUCCACGAAUAUUCCAUUGGAGUAAUUUCAAACCCUUAUCAUAUACUACUUUAUAUUUAUUUUUUAGAAAAUCAUCAAAACACUCAUAUAAAAAGUUAUUAUUCGCACUUGUAGACAUUGUUGAAGAAAAAGACUAUUUGCUACAGAGAUUUUUGUUAUUAUCGACGCUUGUUGGGGGGUUCGACGAUGGACGAUGAUUGCAGGGAAAUAUCCAGGUUGGAGAUCUCGAGAGCCCGCUUAGAUUUUGGUGGUUCAAGCUUCACUAAAUCCUCCUUAGCACGAACAAUCUCGACCUUUGAAUCGGAACGCCGCUUGGUAAGGAUUGCUCCAUCUCUACCGGGCCAAACAUACUGCAGACCAAGUUGUUCCUGGGCUCCACGUACUUCCCGCAGCAGGUCCAGUCCUGUUGUGGUCAAUUCGUCGCGUAUAACCACUCUACCAACGGAUUUUGUAUACGGAUUGCCAAGUUCAGCAGCAUUCAAUGGGCCUCGCAGUUUCUUUUUCAUAAAAAGUUGUUCCUUUGCAUUUUCUUCUCUGAAGACGACCUUUAUGGGCGGAUGUUUACCAUCAGGCUUUGCUGAACGCAAUCGCUUGGCUUCCACAAUCGCAUCUUUCGCAAGGUCACAACCUAAUACUGUCGCUAUGUUCGCGACGACGUUUCCUGUGGACUCAUUUUCUAAUAUUGGAACGCCUAGAAUCAUGGCAUUUUUCCUGAGAGCCUGCCGAUUAAGCCGAUCCACUUCCUUUUCAAGUUUUCUAAUAUCUCCGCGCAUUUGCGAUUGUUCAUCCUGAACGUCUCUGACUUCAUGCUGAAGAAAGGUCUGGUCGAUUUUCAUCUGGCGAAACUCGUCCAUGAAGCUGUCGAAUUUAUCUGCUAAGAACUCUUGACUCUUCUCGAUUUCCUGUACCGUCUCUUUCAGUUUCUCCUGCGUAGCUAUAUUUACCAAUUUCAGUUCCUUUAGUUCAUUUUGGGUUGCAAUGUUGGACUCCUUCAGGUCGCGCACUUCGUUCAGCAUUUUCUUCAUUUCGUUUAAAAUUCGAUCCUCGGCUACUUUAUUUCCUCUCUCUCGGAAGUACAUCGCUUGGCAAUCACUGUUACAAAAAUAGUCGGUUUGCUGUAGUUUCCGAACUGCAUUUCCCCGAAUGUUUUUGCAACGGAAAUAAUAAUAAUAAAUAAAUAAUAAAUAUUAUUAAUAAUAAUAAUUAAAAUCGAUGACGUUUUAAUUAUGCACAACCUCUUUAAUUUUAAUCCUCAGUAAUUUAACAAAAAAAUCAAAAAUGUUUUUUUUGGAAUUUGAAACUUAUUAUGGUUUAUUCGUCCCCAAUUGAAAAUGUUUUCUGCGUGCACAAAAUAUUUCUGUUAGAAGUUCUGUUUUAUCGACAACAAACUUAACGAAGACAUUUUUCUGCCUCGGCUGAAAUUCAAAAACAAAAUAAAGCCAAACACGUGCGAGUAUCAGGAAAAAACCACAAAGUUAUCUCAUUUCACUACAAAAUAAUAUACGCAUUUUGAAAUUCAAAUCAUACUUUUGUUUAAUAAAAAUGGUAUUCUUCACGUGCAAUCACUGUGGAGAAUCGUUGAAAAAGCAAGCCGUCGAGAAACACGGCUGGAAAUGCCAACGACAGAUCAAUGUUUCCUGCAUGGAUUGCCAGAAAGAUUUCCUCGGCAAGGAUUACGACGCCCAUACCAGUUGUAUCACGGAGGCCGAAAAGUAUUCCGGUAAGGAUUACGUUCCGAAGGCAAAUGCCAACAAGGGUGCAAAGAAACAGGAAGCCUGGCUAGAUACGAUACGCUCCAUAACAGAUGCCAAACGGAACCUGCCGAAAGGAAUUAGCGAUGUUUUCAAUGUGAUACGGAAGAACGACAAUAUCCCCCGGAAACAGAAGGGUUUCAUGAACUUCUUCCAGAAUUCGGCCAAGCAUAUACGAUUGAACGAUGUCCAGGCUGCUUGGGCUUUGUUGGAGGAAGAAGUAAAAAAGAAUCAGCCUAACGGAAAUGCCAACAAACCGCAAAAUGGAACUACUAAUGGGACCAAUAGUCAUUCGAAUGGACAUAGCACUGAUACGGCACAAAAUGGUUUUAAGAAACGGAAACUGGAGGACGAAGGAGAAUCAUCAGAACUCAUCGAAGAACCUUCAAAAAAGAAAACCAAAAAGAAGCUUAAGGAAACCAAUGAA